GCUUCCUGGCCCUCCAGGAGAUGAUGGCCCAACUGGACAACCAGGAGUUACUGGGAAGCAAGGACGAAAAGGAGUUCAGGGAGAAAUGGGUCGUGUUGGACCACAAGGUAAGCCUGGUCCCCAGGGCCGACCUGGCAGAGAUGGGACCACAGGUCAGAGUGCUGAACCAGGCCAUCCAGGUUUAUCUGGACAAAAGGGUCCUAAAGGGUACAGAGGGGAGAAGGGCAGCAAAGGGGACCUGGGUGAGUGGGGAUAUCAAGGGGAGGCUGGAAUUCAGGGAACCAAAGGGCCAAAAGGAGACAAGGGAUAUAAAGGAGACCGUGGGCUUGUUGGGUUACCGGGCUACAUGGGACGGCCUGGAGCCAGAGGUUCUGCUGGAUUUCCAGGACCAUCAGGACCUCCAGGGGAGAAUGGUGUUACUGGGUUUCAUGGACCACGAGGCAUGGCUGGUAAAAUGGGCCCCAGAGGAAUAAAAGGUUUUAUAGGAGUGAAAGGACCCCCUGGUCAGCAUGGGGACGUGGGGCCCAAAGGAGCAGCUGGAGCACAGGGAGAUCCUGGUCCUGAUGGAGUGAUUGGGUUCCGUGGUAUCCCUGGCCCUCAGGGAAAUCCAGGACUGGAUGGACCACCAGGUCUUAAAGGAGAGCCUGGUGAUCCAGGAGAUAAAGGUUGCACUGGAGAACCUGGACUAUUUGGACCCAUUGGAGCCAAUGGAAAACUAGGAAAGCCUGGACCCUCAGGGGGUUAGUGGCAAGCGAGGUGACAAAGGUAACCGAGGACUUCAGGGAGACAUGGGACCUCCUGGGUCUCCAGGGAAAAGCGGAUUUAAGGGCCGCAGAGGCCUGUCAGGAGUAGAAGGACUUUAUGGACCAACAGGAUCACCGGGACCUCCUGGAACCAGUGGUUUUGAUGGCAUUAUGGGGGAGCAAGGGAAGCAAGGAAGAGAUGGAUCAAAGG